AUGCCGUCAAAAACAGCUACCAACGGCGAUAGCGCCUCGUUGAAAAAGCGGAAACGUGAACCAAAAGACGACUCGGCACAAGCGCAGCAGAAGAAGCACCGUCGCAAAACAGAACAGGAGAAGGCAGAUGCGUUUCACAGUGGAAGAAUGCCAGGACGGGGACAGCUACUCACAGAUUCCAUCCUGACUGACAUACCUAGGUUUCUCAUAAUAACCUACAAUACUUCGAUUCAAGUAUUUUCCACCGAAAGCUCCCUGCCGAUCCGCCGUAUCCCUAUCCCAUUGACGGAGACGGACAGCGAAAAUGCGACCACACCAGCCCAUAUCGUGGCCACAUCGCUGUCCAAGACUCAGGGAGCCUACAUUUGGGUUGCCUGCUCUGAUGGCCGUAUCUGGAACAUCAAUUGGAGAUUAGGCACUGGAUCUGACACCCCAUUCACCAUCACUUCCAGCAACCUUGUCGAUAUGUCUGUCGAUGCGAUUGACCUUCCCAAUUCCAAAAUCGAUGUGCUUCUCGUCCUUCAGAACACUACUCCUACCUCUGCGCAAAUCGUCGCCCAUACGAGGGAGAGCCUGUUAGAAGGGAAAGGGGAGGGGUUGCUUCUUCACAGUUUCGAUCAAAGUCCUCAGAUGCUUCGGUUCGCUGCUAGUGGGAGGCUGAUUGUUGCCGCUGCGAAAACGGCUUUGCACAUUGGCUACUUCAAGGCGAGCAAGGUCGCUUCCAUCGACACGCUAAAAUUCGACUUCCACUCUUUCGACCUUCCCGAUAUCAUCAGCUGUCUGGAUGUUCAUCCUGUAUUGAAGGACAAGAAACUCAUCAGAGCUGAUGUGGUCGUCGGUUGCGCUCGGGGUGCCAUCUACUUGUACAAUGAUGUAUUGUCUGGAAUUGCAGAGCGCACCUUGCAGCCUACGAAGCUCCAUUGGCAUCGGAGAGCUGUUCAUAGCGUUAAGUUGUCUAGGGAUGGAAACUAUCUCAUCUCUGGUGGCGCCGAAACUGUCUUGGUUCUUUGGCAGAUUGAUGCCGGUCGGACGGAAACUCUUCCUCAUCUGUCAGCAACCAUCGAAAACAUCACCAUUUCGCCGCGCGGUGCAUCGUACGCCGUCCAUCUCGACGACAAUUCCACCAUGGUUCUUUCGACUGCUGAGAUGAAGCCGACCAUGUAUGUUUCUGGCAUCCAGUCUCUUGUGCUAGAAGAGACGCCUUCGAAGGAAUCCUUGGUUCGUCGUGUCUGGCGGUCAGCCGAUGAAAUCUCGGCUCCCGUGGUGGCCACAUCCAAUCCGCGCAACCCUUCUCAGAUGUUCCUGUGUGUUGGAAACGGGCAGCAGGCUACACAGGGAGCCGGGACAACUGUAUCCGCUCCUCUUGUGCAGGUCUUUGACCUUGCUUCAUUUCAGGGUGUGUCUAAGCACGCGAUUGCACGCACCAGCUCUACAGAGGCCAAUAUCACAAGGGAUGGCCAGCCAAUUAUGGAGCCAACGGCCACAAGUCUCUCCUUUUCUAAAGACGGGAAGUGGUUGGCGUCGAUCGAUGAGUGGCAACCCCCUGAAAGGGACACGGCCGCUUUCUUGACUGGGUCCAAGACUGUUGCCGAGGCUGCUCGGCAAAGGAAGGAGAUCUACCUCAAGUUCUGGGAGGUUCAUGAGGAUAACUCACUUGAGCUGGUGACCAGGGUCAAUGAGGCGCAUCACACCGAUCUUCCUCAAGCUAUCUUCGAUGUUGCCAGCGACCCAGUUUCCUCCAGGUUUGCGACCAUUGGAAACGAUGGUGUGGUACGGUUCUGGUCUACACAGUACCGCAUCCGAGACGGUCUUGCGGUCAAAGGACAUGAUGGGGAACCACUUCGCAGCUGGCACUGCUCUCGCGCUGUCACGCUCCCUGUGCGUGAAAAGCAAGAAGACCUGGUUGAGGAGACCAGAAAGGUGUUCCGCAGUGGCGCGGUCGCCUACUCUGAAGACGGGUCGAUCCUCUUUGCCGCCUACCGGGUCUCUACCGAGGGGCUUGUUGUUGCCAUUGACACACAAACCGGUACGAUUCGGGAUGUUAUCUCAAGUAUCAUCCGCGGAGAAGUCCGUAGCAUCCAGAGUAUGGGUUCGUGCUUGAUCUUGCUAUCCGAGGACAUUGCCGUUUACGACACGGUGUCAGACGAGCUGCUGUACAGCUACAAGCUCAAGGAUACUUCUCUCGCCGCCAAACGCCUUACUCAACUGGCCGUCAACCACCAGUCACGGACGUUCGCCCUGGCGGCACCUAUCCCACACCCUCGGCAGGACAAGCUGAAGAAGGGUGCCAGAUCUGAGCUGACGGUUUUCUCACUUGAUGACCAGGAACCACAACUGGUGCAACAAUUCCCUCAUCUCAUCACAUCUGUAUUGGCUGCUCCGGGGUCAUCUGGUUUCGUGGUGGUUGAUUCCGCGGCUCAGAUCUGGGCUGUGACCGACGCUGUCGAGCAGCCACUGAUCCUCAAGCCUAUGGACCACAUGACCAUGGAUGACACAGUUGAGACGCAACCUGUGCAGGAUGCGUUGGUCUUGCAGGAUGAAGAAGUCAGCGAUGAAGAGAUGGAGGAUGCGGAUCCGAUGGAGGUGGAUGACGACGAUCAUGCAGCCGUUGUAGCCCAACAGCACGUGGUCCAAGCCUUCAAUGUCGCGCCCACAUUCGCGCUCGCCCCUCUUGACGGCAGCUUCUCCCAACUGGCGGCGAUGUGGUGCGCGAAGCCCACCUCCUCGGAGUGA